GAGGCAAUGAUGAGGCCAUGAAGGUUCACCAAGAUCCACAGUGGGAGAGAAGCCUCAAGAAGUACGUGGAGAAUGGCAAGUUCGAGGAUGGCUAUUGUGCAAUUUCCUCGAUGCCCUGGGCUACGGACGUGAUGAAUGAGGACUUGGUGAAGACCGUCACGGAUCUCCCGCGCACGGACAAGGAGGCCUGGGACUUGAUGUUGGAGUUGGGUUUCAACAGAAGAAUGAGAAAGCGCAUGAUGCAUAAGGACUGGAUCGUCAUGUUCUUCAGUGGAAGGCGACGCCCAGUUGACAAGAUGUUCAAGAUGUUUGAGAAUAAUGGGACAAAGGUGCUUGAUGUUGAUACCCUCAGAAUCAGUCAGCUGAAUAUGCUCAGGGCGGGCAAUGGCGUGAUGAAACUUAUGUUGUGGGGCGCCGCUACGGGAAGGAUCGCAGGAAUCUUCGCUGGGGUUCCAAGAAACAACUCGUUCGAGCAUGCCCUGAGGGUGAUUGUGGUCAAUGAGGUGGCGAAAAUGGGGCGCAAGGUGAUGUGCGAGGCUGCCGAUGUUCCAGAGGAUGGUGUGGCCAUGAGUAUAUGGGCGUCGUCGCAAGCAGAGGAAGAUGAGAGCUCUACAGUGUGGCUACAUAAGUGGUUCCGGCAGUGGGUGUCGCACAACAUGAUGGAUGUACACCACUUUGAACAAGGAGCCCUGGGGCACCCUUUGAGGCACUACGUGGUCGUUGUGGGCGCCUAUGAUGGUGAGGACGUUGGCCCAAGGAAUGCGGAGGUGGAAGCAAAGGAUUGCUAUGUGAUGAGCGCGGAUACCUUGGGACCGGUAAGGGUGCCGGGGCCAAAGGGUGAAAAGUAUGCAGUGGUGUUUACCUAUCAGUUUCCAAAGAUGAAGAUGGGUCCACAGGAUGUUCCAGUUGAGGAUGAUGAGUCGGAUGGCUGGAACCUUGAUGCCAAGGUCUCUGCGGCGGCUUCGAAGAAGGAGCCGGAGCACGACGUUGAGGAGGACCUCGGUGAGUACAGCCCAGAUGAAGAGCCGGGUGUUCCACUAGAUGAGGCAGUGGAGCAUUGGGAAUGUGAGCAUGGACCUUUGCCUGAGCUCCCUGAGGUGCCUACGAUUAGCACUACAACCUCAGAGAGGAUCGGAAGGCCGAAUGAAGAUUGGUGGGAGUUUCGGGAGGUUGAAGGAGUGUUGGUGCGACAUCAUGUCAUUCCACGGCUACAGCUAUUCAGGCCUACCAUGGCCAAUGGAUGUCCAGUGCCACCGAUAAAGCUGGAACCUUCUGGAGUCACGGAGGUGAAGUUUGUUGGUGGUGGUGUGGAUAUGGAGACGUCAGAUUGGCAUGGUUACAAGUCCGGGGCUCGGGCCUUGGAAAAGAAGUGGACGGGAACUUCUACAUUCAAGGUGUCGCAAGCGGAGGUGACCGAAGAGGAGGAGGUUUUGGACAAGGAUGAGAAGUCCUGGGAGGCACUGAUCGGUGAUCUUACAAAGCCGGUUGAGAUGGAGACGAUCUACAUGGUUUAUCCGAUCCGAAACAAGCGCAGUGGCGACAUUAUGUUAGCCAUUCAAGAGGCUGUAUUGAGACUGAAGCUGCUGGGAUUUCCGGUGGCCCGUUUGCACUUAGACAGAGGCUCCGAGUUUGCUUCAAAGGGGCUCAGAAAAUGGUUGCUUGAGCGGGACAUUUACCACACCCGUUCAGAAAGCUUAGUGCCACAAACAAAUGGAGCAGCUGAGCGUGGGGUGAGAUGGUUCAAGACCAAGGCAAAGGUGCUGUUGGCCGAAGCGAAUGUUGCGGUGAAGUAUUGGACUUUGGCCAUGCAGCAUGCUGCGAAUCGCCAGAUCUACUACAAGCUUGGGAUAUCCAAACCUCCUCUACUACCAUUUGGGACAUCCGUGAUGAUAAGAAGGAAAGUUUUUGGCAACAACAAGAAGUACGACCUCACGGACAGACGGGAGCAAGGAGUUUAUCUUGGUCUGUCGGAUACUAUCAAGGGCGGCGCUAUUGUAUUGAGACCUACGGGAAUCUUGACGGAGACCCUCAACUUACGUUCGGGUGUUGUAGAUCCACGACGGCUACUGCGUGAACCUUCUGAUGAUGAUACGGUAGUACAAGGUGAAGGACGAGGAGAUCAGGAGGAGGAACAGGCUCUUAUUGAUCUCCCGGAGGCCAAUCAUCGCCUAAGGGGGAAGCAAGCCGCGCCCGAGCUUAGGGCUGUCAGAAAGGGGGAGGAGACUACGCUAGACGGCGAACAAUAUGUACUACCUCCAGAAGAAUGGGCAGUUAUGAGCUAUGUAUUAGUGGAAAGACCCGAGUACGUGUACGUGGCCAACACACAGCUUCGAUGCAAAGAGAAGGAUGUGGCUUUCGAAGACCAGAGGAAUCGACCUGGGUCGUUGAACUACGCUGUUGAAAUUGGUGGGUCACAGUCUGGUGGUUUGUGGCUGGCUGGCAAGGACUAUGUUCGUCAAUGCAAAGGGGGAAGCGAUGCACGUGAACUACAACAAGAGUUGCCGGACGGAGUUGUUUUAGCUGGGACGUUGUACAACAUCAACCAAAAGGCUAUAGCGUUCGAUCCAAAAGGAGAGCAUGCGUACUUGAAGCCCGAAGUGGAAAGGUGGAUAUUGGUUGGGUUUACUCCAUUGGGUGUUGAAAAGCUACUUCCUGGUGAUCAAUCUGCUCUAAGAGAACGAGGUUUUCCCUUAGCAGGCACGGGUGUGGACAAGUUCCUGGAGGAGUACCUGCCGGAAUAUGAUGAAGAUUGGGAAUGUGGUGCAGAUAUUGGGGACUCGGAUGAGGAGGAGCUAGAGUGCCGGGCACGCACGUUGAGGUGUGUUCUACAGCAGGAAGUGGAGGGCCCGGAGUUGGAAGCUCAAGGAUCCUAUCUACAACACUUGGAGUAUGCUCGGGAGGUAUGUGAACGGGAUCUUGAGGAAAUAGAUCGGGAACGUCUGGUCAGGUUGAUGAAAAUAUCACCGAAUGAGGCUCAGGACUUUGAAGUGGAGCGAUUACUUCAGUCAUUGCAAGCACCUCUAGAAGUUGUUCACAAAGUUUCCCUUCAGGAGGUUCGUGGCCAUAUUGCUUUGUGGACCGAGGCUAUACACAAAGAAGUGGAUGCGCUUAUCAGCAGUGGAACGAUUCGGAGAUUAUCACCGGAGCAAACUCGCGAGCUCAAGAAGCAAGGCUUGAAGGUGUUACCUGGCAAGGCCGUAUUCACUGCAAAGCCUCCAAGUGAGGAGAACUUCUUUAUGGUGUUUCAGCUCCAGCAGUGGUGGUUUUGGCUGGAGCUGCAGCUCCAGAUCUACUACGUCAACAUGGUGUUCAAGAGCGUGCGGGUGAUCCUCUCACAGUUCCAUGCAGCCGAGAAUGGCUUCAAGAUGAAGAGUCAGGAGAUGAAGACGGUGCACCGGAAGAGGAGUCGGCCAGAGCUGGCACAUUCGGUGGCUUGUAUGGCUGGAAAGGCUCUAAAAAAGCCUCUACGUACACUGGAAAUCAGCAAAAGGGUCAUCCAGUACCUUGCGAAGACGGCGGACUACGGAAUUAUGUACAAGCCGAGCAGGGACGACCCGCUUCUGGUCGUGUACAGCGACGCCAGUUUUGCACCAGGCGGCGACCGUUCGUUUGGACGUGUCAUGGCACAAAUAGGCGGGAUGCUUGUGGCCUGGCGCGCCUCGAAACAACCAGUGAUAACACUAUCGGUCGCGGAGGCGGAGUUGUACGAGGGAGUUGCUGCCGUCCAACUGGGGCUCGGCGUUGGAGCCAUGAUGUCGGAGGUUGCGGUUUAUCCUGUGAUGCAUUUGAGGAUUGAUAAUGCCGCUGCGCAAGGACUGGCCUCACAGGCACCGGGGUCGUGGAAGACCCGGCACCUUCGGGUGAGGGCAAGGUUUUUACGGCAAGAGGUUUCGGCGCAGCGCUUAGUGAUCACCCACGUGCCGGGCUCACUGCAGAAGGCGGACAUAGGAACCAAAGGAUUCGACUUGCCGAAGUUCAAAGAGCUAAUGAGCUUAUGGGGCAUUUUGCCUUACAGUCUGGAGGUGGGAAGUACAGCCUUGAGGAUGUUGAGGGCAUCCAGUACAGGAAGGAUGCUGCUUUUCGUUGUGCUGUGCUUGCUUCUCAUCAGGAGCGGAGGGUACCAAGGAAGACUUACCUCUGGAUGGUUCAAUGGAGUUUUACUUCGUGGUUAUUCUAUGCGUGGUGGCUGCGAUAGCGUUAUGGGAGGGACUGAAGAGAAUGAUGACUUCAGUUCGUGGUUGGUGGAUGGGGUGUCAACGAAAGAAGAAAAAGCUGGAACGACUCAGGAGCCGGGCCCGGACCGCGGUUCAGGAGGAGAUCCUUCGGCACAUGACACCUGGAAGCCCCUUAUCAGGCGGAGCAGCGAGCUCGGCUGGGCGACGAUCCACACCAAGCAGGACGCAGGAGAGGCAGCGAACACCUACAACUACGCCUACGAGGGAGGAGCAGCAAAGGACCGUGGCAACUACCUCAAUGAGGUCUUCGCCUAA